AUGGAAUACAUCCUGAGCGACCAGGAAAUUGAGAGGGAGGUCCAGAGAAACGACGCCUAUUAUUCGGUCAUCGAGCUCAACGAUGUUCUGUACUUAAAUAACAAGCUGUACCGGAAGAUAGAAGCCCUGCGGGGUCUGCACAACUUGCGGACGCUCUACCUCAACAACAAUGUCCUGGAUAGGAUUUCCGGACUGGAGUCCUGUGUGAACCUUAUUGCGUUGUACCUGAAUUGCAACCAAAUUUCCAAGAUCGAGAACCUGGGCUGCCUAACCAAACUGCGUAUUUUAAAUCUGGAAGACAACAACAUUUGCGUGAUCGAAAAUCUGGAAAAUUUAACCCUUUUGGAGGAUUUAAAUUUGAGUAACAACUGCUUGGGGAGUAAAGAUUCCGCACAGAUUUCUAACUUGUGCAAAAAUGAGAAGCUCACCAUUUUGAACAUACAGAAUAAUAGUAUCGACGAGGACAUUUUAAAGGACCUCUCCGAAGUGAAAGAUUUGUCCAUUUUGUAUUGCUUGAACAACCCGAUGAUGUCGAAAUACAAAAAUUACAGAAAGUUAUUUGUGCACACGUUGAAGCGGCUGACGUUUCUCGACCACAAGCCGGUGAAGGCUGACGAGCGGAGGUUACCCAUUGAGAGUGCGUGGAGGCGUUUUUUGCUGGUGGCCCAGCAGCAGAACAAGUCGAGCUGGAAAGCAUAA